AUGGCUCAACCUGCUCAGAAAAAACAAAAGACUUCUUCCUCUUUGGAUCAAUUAAAGGCUUCUGGUACAGUUGUCGUUGCAGACACUGGUGAUUUCGAAUCGAUUGCCAAAUUCACUCCACAAGACUCUACUACUAACCCAUCUUUGAUCUUGGCUGCCGCCAAGCAAGAGGGUUACUCCAAAUUGAUUGACGUGGCUGUUGCUUACGGUAAGGAAAAUGGUAAUACUACUGAAGAAAAAGUCGAAAAUGCCGUGGACAGAUUGUUGGUUGAAUUCGGUAAGGAAAUCUUGAAGAUCGUUCCAGGUAGAGUUUCUACCGAAGUGGAUGCUAGAUUGUCCUUUGACAAGGAUGCCACUGUCAAGAAGGCUUUGCACAUAAUUGACCUUUACAAGAAGGUCGGUAUUGACAAGGAACGUGUUUUGAUUAAGAUUGCUUCCACUUGGGAAGGUAUUCAAGCUGCACAAGAGUUGGAAAAGGACCAUGGUAUUCAUGUCAACUUGACUCUAUUGUUCUCUUUCCCACAAGCAGUUGCUGCUGCCGAGGCCAGCGUUACUUUGAUUUCUCCUUUUGUUGGUAGAAUCAUGGAUUUCUUCAAGGCAAAGACCGGUAAGACUUACUCUGGUGAAGAGGAUCCAGGUGUCUUGUCUGUUAGAAGAAUUUACAACUACUACAAGAAAUACGGUUACAAGACUAUUGUUAUGGGUGCUUCUUUCAGAAACACCGAUGAAAUUAAGGCUUUGGCUGGUGUCGAUUUCUUGACUAUCUCUCCAAAUCUAUUGGACAAAUUGUACAACAGCAACGAAAGUGUUCCAAAGGUCCUAGACCCAGAAUCUGCUAAGGCAGAAGGUGAAGAUAAGGUUUCUUUCAUUAAUGACGAAUCUUCUUUCAGAUUCCAACUAAACGAAGACGAAAUGGCUACUGAGAAGUUGUCUGAUGGUAUUAGAAAGUUCUCUGCUGACAUCGUCACUCUAUUCGACUUGAUCGAGAAAAAAGUUACCGCUUAA